AUGUCCGGCCGACGACCUGGAGACGGCACUGCUUACGGUCAGCCCGACCCCAAGCGGGCCAAGGUCAAUACCCCUGCUCCAGCUCCAGGAGCACCAUUGGACAUGGCUGCCAUCCGAGCUCAAAUAGCAGCCAGAAAGGCUCAGUUGGAAGCUGCCGCCGCUGCUUCUCGAUCAACUCCACCCGUCGGUGGUUCAGCUUCUGGAUCAGCUUCACCUGCUCCUGCUCCGGGUCCAGCCGCUCUACCUCCCAAGCCGGCGAUGGACGCCUCGAUAGCCGAUAGAUUAGCAGCUGCGAAAGCUCGAAUCGAAGCUCUCAAUGCUAGAGCCGCCAACCCCUACUUAUCUGGUUCAGGAGCUAUGCCAAAACCUCCUUCUGAAUCACAGCCGUCAUCGUCGUCGUCGACAAAUGGUCAACCAGGAGUGAGCAGUAUCGCAUUACAUCCCUUGUUGAUGGGUCAAUCUCAAGCGCAACAGCAGGAAGUAGAGAAGAACGAAAAGAAAGCUAUGAGAGAUAGGUACAAGACUAUGGCACCCAAGUUCACGUCUGUAAAAGCGAAUGCUGCUGUAGCUUCCACUUCCACUUCUAACCGAGCGUCACCAGCCGCUCCCGUUCUCAAUCCCUAUGCGACCACACCUACACCUAGCGGAUCUGGAACUCCCAUACCCGAGGAGGAAAGGGCACCAAUCAGACGAAGUAAGAAACUACAGUUUUCCAGAGCUGGUAAAUACGUUGCGCAGGGUGAUGCGCUGAGGAACGAACAGAAGAUGGAAGCUCUCAGACAGAGGAUAGCAGAAGCUAGUAGGAAGGCAGGGCUGGAUAGUGAAUUUGAUACGUUGGAAAGGAGUUUGAAGAGGCAACCACCGCCUGAAGUGGAAUGGUGGGACAAGGCGAUCCUCCCUGAAGGAAAGGGAUAUGAGGAUCUUGAAGAUGCCGUUCAAUUCAUGACCACCCAUCAAGAUUCACUUAUCACUCAUCUCAUCCAACAUCCCAUACCUAUUCCUGCGCCGAGCGACAAGAAGCAGCCAGAGAGAGGGUUGAUGUUGACCAAGAAAGAACAGAAGAAAAUGAGGAGACAGAGAAGACAAGCUGAAUUGGAAGAUAAGAGAGAUAGACAAAAGAUGGGGUUGUUACCUCCUGAUCCACCUAAAGUCAGAUUAGCCAACCUGAUGAAAGUUCUCACGUCCGAUGCGGUUCAGGAUCCAACGAAGGUAGAAGCGAAAGUGAGGAAGGAAGUGGCUCAAAGAGCAAAUAAGCAUGAGAGAGAUAAUCAAGAGAGGAAAUUGACGGCGGAACAGAGGAAAGAAAAGGAAUAUAAUGCUUUGGUGGCUAGGGAGAGGAAAGGUAUUUACGGUGCGGUGUUUAAGAUCAAAUACCUCACUAAUGGUCGACACCGAUUCAAGAUUCGUGAAACUGCCAAAUCCGACUUGUUAUCGGGAGUAUGCAUAUUCCAUCCUAAGUUCGCUUUGGUCCUUGUAGAAGGAGUCGAUAAAUCGAUCAAACAUUAUAAGAAAUUGUUAUUGAAUCGAAUUGACUGGACGGAAGAAGCUAGACCGUUGAACGAUAAUGAACAUGACAAUGAGGAAGAUGAAGAUGAUGACCGUCCCAAAACGAAUGGAGACAAUGGAGAUGGUGAAGGACCGGAAAGUUUGGAAGACAAUAAAUGUGAAUUGAUCUGGGAAGGUGAAGUGCCCGAGAGGACGUUUAGACUUUUCAGAGCUAGACAUGCUGAGACGGAUACGAAAGCUAAGGAGUGGUUGACUCCGAAAUGGGAGGGAAUGUGGGAUUUGGCUAAGAGAUGGGUAUGGGAAGGUGAAGAGUAG